AUGGAACCUCGCGUUGGGAAUAAGUUUCGUCUUGGUAGGAAGAUUGGUAGCGGCUCCUUUGGAGAGAUCUACUUAGGUACUAAUAUUCAAACUAAUGAAGAAGUUGCAAUUAAGCUUGAGAAUGUCAAGACUAAGCAUCCUCAGUUGCUGUAUGAGUCCAAGUUGUACAGAAUUCUCCAGGGAGGAACUGGAAUUCCAAAUGUUAGAUGGUUUGGAGUGGAGGGAGAUUACAAUGUUUUAGUGAUGGAUCUGCUUGGACCUAGUCUUGAAGAUCUUUUUAACUUUUGUAGUAGAAAGUUAUCACUAAAGACAGUUCUUAUGCUUGCUGAUCAAAUGAUUAACCGGGUUGAGUUUAUUCAUACGAAAUCAUUUCUACACCGAGAUAUCAAACCGGAUAAUUUUUUAAUGGGGUUAGGAAGGCGUGCGAACCAGGUUUAUGCUAUUGAUUUUGGUCUGGCUAAGAAAUACAGAGAUAGUUCAACCCAUCGACACAUUCCUUACAGGGAAAAUAAAAAUUUGACCGGAACUGCGAGAUAUGCUAGCAUGAAUACUCACCUUGGCAUUGAACAAAGUCGAAGAGAUGAUUUGGAGUCUCUUGGUUAUGUUUUGAUGUACUUUCUGAGAGGGAGCCUUCCUUGGCAGGGACUUAAAGCAGGAACCAAGAAACAGAAGUAUGAGAAAAUUAGUGAAAAAAAGGUUUCUACAUCGAUUGAAUCCUUGUGUCGGGGUUAUCCAACAGAGUUUGCAUCAUACUUCCAUUACUGUCGCUCAUUAAGGUUUGAUGAUAAGCCAGAUUACGCUUAUCUCAAAAGGAUAUUCCGGGACCUGUUUAUUCGUGAAGGAUUCCAGUUUGAUUACGUGUUUGACUGGACUAUCUUGAAGUAUCAGCAAUCACAGCUUGCCACGCCUCCAGCUCGGGCCGUUAUUCCUGGUACUGGAACCAGUUCUGCAAUGCCUCCCGCAGUUACCAAUGCUGACAGACAUACAGGAGCAGAAGAAGGGCAACCCCCUGGUUUGGUAUCAGUGGAUUCCUCGAGGCGCAGAAUAUCAGGACCCAUUUUGAAUACUCUAUCGAGUGCCAAUGUCUUGGGUCAGUCAAGUGGAUCAUCCAGGCGAGUUGCUGUUUCUAGUAGCCGUGAUGCAUUUGUUGGUGCUGAAUCAGAUGUCCGUACACGCACUGCUGAGGCUAGCCCUGGAGCAGCACACCGAAUUUUGAGUGGGCAAAGAAGUUCUCCAAUUGGGUCUUCUGAUCCUCAGAGAGUAACACGGGCUGGGAGAAAUGCUUCUCAAGCCAAUAAUUAUGAAAGUGCCCUUAGGGGCAUGGACGGUUUGCAGUUAGAAAAUAACGAGAGGACUCAUUAUUAA